UCAAAGAAUAUUGAAGACAUGGAAUGUCGUACUUAAGUGAGAAUGAGUGUUUCACUAUCGUAGCAUCACAACCGGUAAAAUAAAAAGUCAAGAUUUUUCCAAACGGAGCACCGCACUUCUCACAGUUUCUUUUAAGAAAGUAAGUGCUAAUUUCUGACGUCAUUCAAUACGGAUGAAGAAAGCAAAUUGUUGAAUCUGAAGAUAGAACAUCGCAGGACUAGAGAAUGGAUAACGGGUCAAUUUUGAAGAGGCACAGCGUGGCUGUUUCACAAUGUAUACGAGGCCCGGUUUGUACGACGGUCAUGGUUAUGGGGCUGAAAAAUGUCGGGAAAUCGACCGUUAUUCAACAACUUCAGAAAUUAAGUUCAGGAUCUUUUGAUGACCGCAGGAGGAAAAGCGAGAGCUUUGUAGAUUUCAAAGGACAACUUCAGUUUUCUGAGGCUACCCAAUUUCCAUUUAAAGGUUUGAGGAAGAUGGCCAUUAAAGCAUCCGAGUCAUUCAUACUGGUAUAUUCUGUCGAUGACGAAGAAUCCUUCGACUAUGUUACAAAACUGCUAAGCGAAAUUAUCGCAAUAAAAGGAGAAAAUGUCCCUCUUGUUGUAGUGGCUAACAAGAUUGACAAGUCUCCGAGAGAUGUGCAUCCCAUCAUUGCUGAUUGCGUGGUCACUAUUGAUUUUGAAUGUAAACAUAAAGAGGUGUGCGCCGCAACAGGGGAUGGGAUGAAAGAAGCACUUUCAUGUCUACUCAGUUUCUUUAGUGACGGAUCUCAAGUUGCUGAUGAAAGCACCCACAAAAGUUCACUGAAGAAGAGGUUUUCCUUCCUCUUUCGGAAGUAGGUUGAACUAAAGGAAAACUAUUUCCCAGCAAUAAAAUUUAACUUUGAUUAAAUAACAAGAGUUUAAAAAAAAUCUGUAUUAAUUUCUGAGGUAACAGGUACACAUUUUUUCUUUAGGUACACAAAUUUAGAACUCACGUGCAUAAAUUUAAAAGAAUUGAAGAAAAUAUUCAGUAGCAAUUACAAAACUGGGACAAAUUUCUAAUUUCCAACAGCAAAUAGGACAGAAAAAUAUUUCCAUGUCAGGAAAAGAUAUAACAGGAAAGCAAUUUUGGUUGAAAUUUGUUUUAUCCAUAUAUAAACGUUUGUUAUUCGCUCUGUCACAGUAUCGUUUUGUGUAUCGUAGGUGAUAUGUACUUCAAAAUCUGCCGCUAAUAAAAGAUAAUUUUACACGUUAGACCCAAAAUUCCUUUAAAUUUAACUUGAAAUAUGUGACCAAGAUGUCGGAGAUAUACACAGGUAAAAAAAGAUUCACAGAUAUAUUCAUACAAAUUGGUUUACAUAAUUAAGAGAAUCAUCAAUUUAAAGAAGUUUUGUACAUAUUUUUUUAAAUUUUGGUUGUCACUGCUGAAAAUUGAAGAGUUUAGAUAAACUUUUAAUAAACUUUAUCACGUUUCAGUGAAUAACUUCGCAUAUAUAUUAAGGUAGAAAUUGGUAGAUGGCAUAAAUCGUAAUGAAAAAAUGUUAUAUUUUAGCUAAAUAAGAUGAUGAAUUUCAUGUAUUAUCGGAAUGUCAACUGGGGAAGAAACAAAUAUGCCGAAAUUUACUAUAGUGUGAAAAUGAUAUAAGAAAAUUAUCAAAUACUUUAAUUAAAACUCAUAUUUUACAUUUAAUGGAUAUACGGAAACUGGUAUAUGUUUGUGCUUUUUAUACCAUGUUGUACCAAUGUUAUUUUUUGUUCCUUCGGUUUCCAUUACAUGUUAGGGAUUUACAAAUGCAUUGUGUAGUAUAUUCACAAUGACAAAGUGUUUCUAUAUAUGUAUGUAUAUUAAUUGACACAUUUCCCACAUGUAUUCUGUGAAUAAAUGUAUAGUUCUAUAUUGUGAGUGAUAAAAUAUAUGUAUUACUGUUCUCUUUUCUUAACACCGAGAUCAUUUUAUAAAAUAUAUUUAAAAAAAAAAGAAAACCUUAGUUACUUGCUACUAUCAUAACGUGUGUAUUUUUUCUAAACUCAUUAGAAUAUAUUUUGAAAGAGUAAAGUGCAAAAUUAUUCAACCAGUUUCGCUGCAAAGAGUGUGCAGGAGAGAGUUUUGAAGAAAAAAAUGUGUUUUAAAUAUCAAAGUCAUUUUCAAUGUAACGUUAAUAUGAUAGGGCAUACGCCUGUAGAACCAUGCGCACCCUUGCAGCACAAGGGGAAAAGAAUGAAUAAAUGUCCCUGUAUUUAUU